GUUGUCUCAGAGUAGAACGAUCGCAUUGCGCGUGAAAAUCCGAACAACUGGAGCAAACUGUUUAAGCUCGACUGGAGGGUGGCAGGAGGGUGCGAUCUGCGAUCACGCUCUAUGGCUAUUGACCACGAGGACCUCGGCGACAAGUCCCGCCACCACCACAACCCUACCCCGGUGGCUGGGAAGGGUGUUCUCGUUUGUGCGUGUGUGCGCGGAGGGGACAUGUUCUGUGUGGUGCAGUACAGUAAAGUCGCGACGCAUUUCGCACAUUUGGCGGCAUAUUUUGUGAUUCUGUUGCCGGUGACGGUGUACUAGUAUAUAUAAGAAACUAGAGGGCUAGGCCAAGCCAUCAGUUGUAGUUUAAUGUUGCUCUACGUUAAUGUAGAGCUUUUUUUACGUUAGUUUCGUAUUUCGUCCGUCGAUCGUACUUAUCCUUUCGAUAUCGGGAAUUAGGCGAUUUGGGUACUAUCCGUGCGUGGAAAGUGCGUUAUCGAAUUUCGGCUGAAAAUUUGUGGAACCUACUACCUACAUCAACAUGAAGCUUUUUGCUACAAUCUUGAUUGUAGCUUUAGCAGCAUCUAGUUUAGCGAAUCCAGCGCCGGAUUGCCCACCAGGUGGACAUGGCUACGCCUACCCCGCACCAGAAGUUCAGCUUUCCGUUGGUAAAGCCAUCAAUAGCGUAAGCGUCACGCCCGGAUUUUCAUCCUAUUCUGUAGGUGGUGCAGUGAAAUAUGCUUCUGUUGGACCGUCGUAUAGCUCGUACGAGGCUUCUCCAGCAUUCUCUGCUCAUGGAGUUGGAUCCGAUUUGAAGCUCUCAAGCUAUGUUCCUGCCGUCAAAACUGUUGCUGCUACCCCAGGUGUAGUUUAUGCAGACAAAUCUUCGGCUGCAUCCUAUGCUUCAGUGAUUCCUGCCACCAAAGUCAUUUCUGCUGCUCCUGCUUAUGUGGCUCCAGCUGUAACAACCAAAGUAGUUUCUGCUGCGCCAGCAUAUUUUUCCAAUGAAUACCUGCCCCCAGCGAAGACAGUUGUAUCAACUGGACCAGCAUACUCAUCUUAUGUCUCGACUCCAGCUGUUUCGGCCUACUCAGCUACUCCCGCUAUAUCUUCUUAUGUGUCUACGCCAGCUGUGAGCAAAUAUGUUAGCUCGCCAGCCUAUAGCUACGCUGCCGCUGCUCCAGUUACCAAAUAUGCUACCUAUUCUGCUCCAGUGGCAAAGGUGGCAGCAUAUGCUGCUCCUGCAGUAAGCUAUGCCGCUCCAGUUGCUAAAGUUGCGGCAGUGGCUGCUCCAGCUGUAAGUUACGCUGCUUAUGCUCCGGCAACCAAGAUCUCGUAUGCUGCUCCUGCAUCUUAUGCUUCAUCUUAUUCAACUUCAUCUAAGCUAGCUUAUGCUGCUCCAGUAACCAAAUAUGCUAGUUAUGCUGCUCCAGCCACAUAUGCCAGCUAUGCUCCAGCAGCAAAAGUAGCGUAUGCAUCUCCAGCAGUCUCUUACGCUGCUUCAGCACCCACGGUGGCGAAAUACGUUUCAACUCCUGCAGUUUCAUCAUACUAUGCUACUCCUGCUGUUACCAAAUAUGCUGCCGCUCCUGCUGUAUCUGCAUCUUAUAUCUCUGCUCCAGCCGUUGCUAAGGUUGCCACGUAUGCAGCUCCUGCCGUUACUCAAUAUGCUCCUUAUUCAGCCCAUGCCUAUAGUCCAGCUGUUUCAUCUUCGUACGUUUCGACUCCUGUUGUUUCCAAAAUUGGUUAUGCUUCUCCCACCGUUACCAAAUAUGUAUCAACUCCAGCGAUUUCUGCAUAUUCUGCUACUCCAGCCGUAUCGUCUUACUAUUCUUCGCCCGCUAUAUCCAAGGUAGUGUCUUCUCCCGCAUAUUCGUCAUACGUGUCAAGCCCAGCAGUUACCAAGGUUGCAGCUGUUCCUGCUUAUUCGACUUCUUAUGUUGCUCCAGCCGUAGCAAAGGUUGCUGCCGUACCUGCUUACUCGUCUUCGUAUGCUGUUCCAACCAUUGCUAAAGUUGCCACUGUACCUUCUUACUCUGCAUCGUAUGUAGCUCCAGCCAUUGCCAAGGUUGCAACCGUUCCAGCCUACUCGACUUCAUAUGCUGCUCCAGCUAUUACCAAGGUUGCUGUACCUGCUUAUUCGGCCUCGUAUGUUGCUCCAGCCGUUAGCAAAAUUGCUACUGUUCCUGCCUACUCGGCUGCAUAUGCUUCUCAAGCUGUCACAAAAUUCGCUGCUGCUCCAGCCUAUUCUGCUUCAUAUGUCUCAGCUCCAGCUAUUGCGAAGGUUGCUGCUGUUCCAGCAAUUUCUACUGCCUAUGUCACCCCCACUGUAGCUAAAUAUGCAGCUGCUCCUGCAGUUUCAAGCGCGUACGUGUCAUCUCCAGCCAUUGCUAAAUAUACCACCAGUCCAGCUUACUCUGCAUACAGCGCCGGCCCAGCAUAUGCUGCUUAUAGCGCUGGGCCAGCAGUUUCCAAACUGGCUGUUGGACCUGCUGUUUCUUCCUACAGUACCGGAGCUGCAUUCUCUAAGCUAGUUUCAGCACCUGCGUAUUCCAGCUAUGUUAGCGCUCCAGCCGUUUCGAAAGUCGUUGCUACUCCAGCAGUAGCUGCGUACAGUGCUUCGCCAGCAUAUUCUGCCUACUCUGUGAGCCCAGCUAUUACAAAAUACGCUGCCGGGCCUGCUGUUGCAGCAUACUCAUCUCCCGGCGCCGCCCAUGGAUACUAUGCUGGAUCAGCCGUUUCCGCUGCUCACUACGGAGGUAUCCGUUAUGCUGCUGCAGUGCCUGCUAUCACCACCUCCUAUGCCGCUGCACCAGCUGCCACAAUCAUUAAGUCCGCUGUACCAGCAACUAUCGUGAAAACUGUUGCCGAGAAACAUGUGGAAUAUUACGAUGACCAUCCUCGAUAUGCUUUCGAGUACGGAGUUAACGAUCCAUUGACGGGUGAUAACAAGCACCAGCGGGAAGAACGUGACGGAGAUGUCGUUCGUGGACAGUACUCAUUGGUCGAACCUGAUGGUAACGUGCGCACUGUCGACUACUACGCGGAUUGGGCCACCGGUUUCCACGCUACCGUAACCAACAGCCGAGACCAAGUACAUGCGACCAAAGUGCUGGGUAAGCGUGCCGUAGUGAAAGCGUAAACGUGAAUCAAUGAGUGCCACCUCUGAACCAUGACAAAAAUGUGUAUAGAUGAUUUGUUAGUUGUUAGGAAAUAAGUUACGAAAAAGUGCCCAUGCAAAUUAUUUAUUGAUCGAAGUAAUAUGCCAGCUAUUAGCAAGAGAAAGAAUGACGAAGAACUUUUUAAUUCACUGUUUAGUUUCAUCGUUCCAAUAGUUACUUUUUCGGUUAUAGUUUCAAUUUAUUUUUCUACAUGUUGUAAAUACUAAUUUCUAUCGAAAAUCUUUUACCUACCUACAUCUAUCCAUUUGUUCGCUUCUAUAAUCUUUAUUGAGUCAUUACCUUUAAAAUCACCAUCAUCGACUUCUAUGUCAGAAUGCCAGGAAAACAACGAACAGCAAGUAUUUGUUUCAUUUCAAUGGAAAACGCAUGAUUUUAAUGUGAUAAAUGUGUCAUAAAAUAAUGUUUGUAUUUUAUCAAAAUAAAAUUAAAACAAAAUAAAAAACGAAAAUUAAAAA